AUGAACUCUACAUACUCAUCUAUUGAGGAUCAAUAUGUUCUGGCCGGUAAGGCCCGCUCUAAAUUGGCAAAAUGCAUCGACGUUAAUUCUAGAAAUAAAGAUUACAACCUAAGAGUACUGGUCGGUCACGCAAACCUACUAGAUAAGAUAACCGAAAACGUAGAGGCUCACAAAUCGGCAGCCAAUCCUCUUACAAAGAAUCUCUUCUCCAGAGGCCAUGAGAAUCUUUCCAUGGAGCAUAUUGAACUGUCCAACGCCAGAAAUAAUUCCAGCAUUGACGAGGAAAAUACGAGAAAGGCAGACUGCGUAGAUUACUGCGAAGACUACUGCGAUUUUUACUCCAGUGACGAAGAUCCAGACGCCGAUACUCUAUCUUCCACUGACAGUGAAGGUGAUGACGAUUACGAGGACUAUGAUUUUGAUUACGAUUAUUCUUGCGGUGACCAUAACAAAAAAAUCGAUACGUACUUUGGCCUCCACACCACCCUCGAUUAUCACCAUUUGGGUCACACAAACUCACAUUCCGAACAAGCCGAUGAACUCUCACAAACCACUCCGCGCUACAAUGCUCUUCCCGCCGCUGUUCCAACCGCAUGGGAAGAACAUGAAGAUGACGACGCAAGAAAGCACGACUCUACGAGUUUGUACGGUGCGAUGCCAAUUUUCCGCGUACUUUCUCGUCAGAGAACCGUUCACGAUGGUGACAGUAGCACCGGUGAGAGCGACUGUGCUAGCGAUACCGAGGAUGGUUCCGUGCCAUUGACGAGGUUCCAUUCUUGUCCAAUCACCGCAUAA